AUGUCGGCAAUCACCACUAUCAAUAACAUCACUACCCUCACCACCGAAAAUCUCAUGGCGCACGACGCCGCAAUUAUCAUGUCGGCUAUAAACAACGACACCACCGACACAAUGUCGGAAAUCACCGUACAUCGCGUGCUGGGGCGGGGCCCGAGAACCUAUUUGUUGCAACACCUCACCGCACAAGAGGCCAUGGAGGCCAUCAGCUUUGCCUUGCCGAUAGUGGACCGCGAGAUGGCCGGAUCAACCAAUGCCGAACGUCGUCAGUUUCUCCGGCGCGGGCAGCGCAUCAUGCUCACAUACCUGGAGCGCGCAGGCGACCCCGACCAAGACUACGCCAACAUUCCGGAGAUGCGUGAGACUCUCGCGGGGUGGCACGCGGAGUGGCGCUGGGGGCCGCUGAUGGUGUAUGGGUACACCGCCGCAGAUGUCGCGCGCUCGCGUGCGAGCUCCGACACGGAUUACGAUGCGCUUCCGGAGAUGGAUUGGGAGCAGCACUAUGCAGCUGAGGCGGUGGCCGCGCACGCGGUGGAUACUUGGAAGGAGGCCCUUGAGGCAUACAAAGCCAUACCGGUACCGGAUAGCUACGAUCCUGAGGGCAGUGUCGGGAGCACGGAGACGGAUGAGAUGGAGAACUUGUUUGAUGCCUAG